AUGUACUGGCCUCAGUCUUUUGCGGCAUGCGCGGUCCUCGCAGCGGUAUCCGUUUCGCGAUGUCUAGUAGCUACGACUGUGUCAGUCAGUUCGACCGCUAGCCAUUCCAUUCCCACGACCCUCUAUGGGCAGAUGUUCGAGAGUGGCGAUGGAGGUCUCUAUGCAGAGUUGCUUCAAAAUCGAGCAUUCCAGCAAGUGACUCCGGACACCUCCGAUGCACUUGAGCCCUGGGAGGCCGUCAACGGUGCCAACAUCACUGUCAUCGCGGACUCGGACCCCGUCUCUCCGGCGUUGCCCAAUUCUUUGCAAUUCACAGUUCCCUCCAGUGCGAGCGGAUCGGUCGGCUUCAGUAAUGAAGGCUACUGGGGCAUCAACGUAAAUGCGUCAUGGACGUACAAUGCAUCGCUCUACUAUCGCUUCCCUAGUUCAUCCACCUUCUCCGGGAAGCUCACAUUAGGCCUGGAGUCCUCCGCGGGUGACGUGUUGGCGUCAAACUCAACGACGAUCAGCGGAAGCCAGACGAUCUGGAAGCAGAUCGCGCUCGAGCUGACACCGUCAUAUAGCGCGUCGAACAACAAUAACAGCUUCUUCGUGACAGUCAACGGUUCGGAGGCCGCCGGAGAGACGAUCCACUUCGCGAUGUUCUCGCUGUUCCCUCCUACGUACAAGAAUCGACCGAAUGGCAUGAGGGUUGACAUCGCUGAGACGCUAGCUGACAUGAAGCCUGCGUUCUUCCGAUUUCCCGGUGGCAAUAAUCUCGGUCAAACAUGGGCCACCAGAUGGCAGUGGAAUGUCACCGUCGGACCACUCCUUGACAGGCCAGGCCGUGUCGGUGACUGGGGCUAUGUAAAUACCGAUGGUCUCGGUCUCUUGGAGUAUCUUACGUUCUUCGAGGAUGUGGGCAUGGAGCCAUUCAUGGCUGUCUGGGCUGGCUAUUCUCUCAAUGGAGAAAGUCUUCCUGAAGAUGACCUGUCGCCGUACAUUCAGCAGGCCAUCGAGCAGAUCGAAUUCGCAGUUGGGGAUGCGAACACCAGUUCAGUUGCUGCACUGAGAGCGCAGUACGGGCACCCUGAGCCGUUCAACGUCAGCUAUGUCGAAAUCGGAAACGAGGACUUCUUUGCAUCAGAUUCCUAUACCUAUAGGUGGCCUGCAUUUAUAGGGAACCUGAGCGCAGCAUAUCCGGAUAUCAACUAUAUUGCUACCACGUACCCGUUCGAUCCCAUUAUCUCACCCACGCCAAAGCAAUAUGAUAUCCACGUGUAUCAGACACCUGGUUGGUUCAUUGAAAACGCUUUUUAUUAUGAUGAUUUCGAGCGUAACGGAACGAGGUACUUCCAGGGCGAGUAUGCCUCAAUCUCAACCAACUCGAGCAACCUGUACGGAUCAGCCUCGGAAGGACGGUUCCUAUAUCCCACCAUUCUGAGCUCCACUGCCGAAGCAGCAUACAUGACGGGAUUCGAGCGAAACGCUGAUAUCGUCUUUGCUGCGUCCUAUGCGCCUCUGCUGCAGCUGGUAAAUGACUCACAAUGGAAGACCCCCGACCUCAUUACUUUUGAUGCUUCCACUGUCGUGAGGUCGACAAGCUACUACGUUCAGCAACUGUUUAGCCUGAACGUCGGUGACGAAUAUCUUCCAAGCACACUGCCGACACAGAACGGAACUCUCUAUUGGUCAAUCACCAGGAGCUCUUCGACUGAAAACGUCUACAUCAAGCUUGUCAACGUUGCCUCAUCCGAGGCAGACGUGACAUUCGAGCUGCCAUUUGAGGUGGCGAGCACCGGAACUUUGAAACUUCUGACGGGCAACCCGGAUGAUAGCAACACUCCGGACGCGCCGGAUUACAUCACCCCAGAGACCAGCACGAUAUUCACGGAUUCGACGCUCAACUACACCGCUCCCGCUUACAGCCUCAGCGUGAUUAUCGUGAGCACGUCCUAA